UCUACCUCUCCUUUCACUGUCAGAUUAAAAAAAAAAAAAAACUGGUCCUUCAUUUUUCACCCUCUGUUUUUGAAGAAGAAAGCCCCCUCCUUUUUUUUCUUUUCUUAUAUUCCCACGUUUUGGUUAUACACACACCUUUGGUGACAACAUUAAAACUCCAUAUUUCUCAAAAGAAAAAAAAUAUUGUGGGGGAAAAAGUUUCAUGAAGAAAUCUAAGAUAUCAGGUGACAUAGCGGUGAUGGGAGUUUCUCAUCAGUCGACAAUGGGGUCCCGUACCAGAGCUGCCAAAACUCUGGCUUUGCAAAGACUUUCGAAAACAACAACACCUUGCGGUUCGCCGGCAACCGGUGUCGGUUUGAACCCGGACAUGUCUUCGUUUUCUUAUCUUCAGCUGAGGAGUCGUAGGCUUGAGAAGCUGGCUUCCCCUGUUUCGAACAAGACGAAACAGAGACAAGAGAGGAAGGAGAGUGGUUUCCGAGAAGGGGAGAAGAAGAAUGGCGGGAAGAAGAGUGAAGGGUGUUUUGGGAACAUGGAGAUUGUUGUCGGGGUGGGGAUUUGCUGUGGAACGACAGAGGAGGCUUGUUUUAGUGGAGAACUCAGAGACAGGAGCACUAGAGAAAGCUCGUCAUGUGGUUUGAUAAAGGAUUUCGAGACCAUUGCAGCUCCAGUUUCGACCACAAAGCCAAGAACCUCCCCUUCGACUCCCCGAAAAUGGUCGGGGAACGACGUGCAGAGAUCCAUCGUGGCAGCACAGGAAAUGGAGGAGUUUUUUGCCUUUGCAGAACAGCAACAGCAGCGGCAAUUCAUGGAGAAGUAUAACUUUGAUAUUGUGAAUGAAUUGCCUCUUCCGGGACGUUACGAGUGGGUGAAAAUGAUCCCAUGAGCCAGGACCACCAUUGAUUCCAAGUUGAUGUAAAGAUUGAUUGAGCCUUGACAAAGAUGUGUAAUUUAAAGAUCUGUAACAUAACAGAGCUGAUGAAUUACACUAACCCCAGAUUACAAACCUCAAAUAA